AUGUGCUUCCUCGCUGACAAGUCAGGGCAGAAAGCAGAAAGGAGGCCUGUGUGUUCAGCACCGUGGACAGCGGCCCAAUUAGUCUUGUGGACAGAUGUCACCGCACUGCAGGGAGGUCUCUCCUGGGGGAGCGCUGAGGCUGACGUGGAGCAAACAGUGCCCCCCACCCCGGACAAGUCGGAGCGCGAGGCCCACUUUGUCACCACGGCACCCACCCUGAAGCUUCUCAACCACCACCCGCUCCUGGAUGACUUCCUUCAUGAGCCGCUUCUCAAGAAAGAUUACCUCCAGCAGAUUCCCAUCCUGGCUGCCGGUUUGGCUGGGCCUGCCCUACCAGACCCCAGUCUGGCCCCCACAAACAACCUGGCUAACCAAGAUGGCUGCCCUGCUCUCUCUGAUGUUGCCAUGCCACCCGUGACCACAGCGUCCCCUGCGACGACCCUGGUGGGUGGGAAAGUCAAUGGCAAGGAUGCGGAGAAGACCCCGGAGAUGGCAAAACCAGCCUUUACCACCGACCUGCUGACCACGGCUAUGGGGCGCCUGGUGCCGUGGGCCGAGCCAGGCCAGUCUGCCCCCGAAACCGGCUCCCUGUCUGGACGCACGCAGCCAGCAGUCACCCCUGCCCUGGCGCUCCAGGCCAGUCUCACCGGCUCAGACCCAGCCACUGCUGUUACAUUAUCCAUUGGCACCACAGCCGCCCCCACAGCACCGCCGGAAGCAACCACACCCAGGAUGGCAUCUGGAGAAGCGGAGGAGACGGCAACCACCACCAUCACCACAACCACGGUCAUCACCACUCUGCCGGUUGCAGGUCCUUGCAGCUGGAACCUCACUGGCCCCAAAGGAUCGCUGGCCUCCCCGCUGCCCUCUGGCAUCCCAUACGAAGGAGGCACACUUGAAUGCACCUACACCAUUUCCGUAUACCCUGGCUAUGGCGUAGAGAUCCGGGUCCAGAACAUCAGCCUUGUGGAAGGAGAGACAGUCACCGUGGAGACACUGGGCGGCGCGGAGCCCAUCGCCCUGGCCAACGAGUCAUUCCUGAUGCGCGGGCAGGUGAUCCGUGGCCCGACGAACCAGGUGGCCGUGCGGUUCCAAAGCCCAGCGCCUGCCAAUCCAGGAAGCUUCCACUUCCAUUUUGAAGCCUACUUGCUCAGCUGCCUCUUCCCUGCACGCCCAGCCUAUGGGGAAGUCUCUGUCACCAGUGUGCACCCUGGUGGCCACGCCUGCUUCUCCUGUGCCACCGGCUACCAGCUGGUGGGCCACCACUGCCUCACUUGCCUCAAUGCCACACACCCCUUUUGGAGUGCCCGGGAGCCAACCUGUGUUGCGUCUUGCGGUGGAGUGAUCCGGAGCGCCACGACCGGGCGCAUCGUCUCUCCGGGCUUUCCUGCCAACUACAGCAACAACCUGACUUGCCAUUGGCUGCUGGAGGCUCCGCCCGGGCAGCGGCUGCACCUCCAUUUUGAGAAGGUCUCGUUGGCUGAGGAUGAUGACAGGCUGAUCAUCCGGAAUGGAAACAACAUUGAGGCUCCGCCGGUGUACGACUCCUACGAGGUCGAAUACCUGCCCAUCGAAGGUCUGGUCAGCACCACACGUGGCUUCUUCGUUGAGCUGACCACCGACAGCAGCGGGGUGGCCGCUGGGAUGGCGUUGCGUUAUGAGGCCUUUGAACCUGGGCACUGCUACGAGCCGUUUGUCAAGUACGGGAACUUCACCACCAGCGAUGCGACGUAUGCCGUGGGCACCACUGUGGAGUUUGCCUGUGAGGCCGGCUACACCCUGGAGCAAGGGUCGGUCAUCAUUGAGUGUGUCGACCCCACCAACCCCCAGUGGAACGAGACAGAGCCAGCCUGCCGAGCGGUUUGCAGUGGGGAGAUCACUGACGCCAGCGGUGUGGUUUUGUCCCCUAACUGGCCGGAGCCCUACGGAAAGGGUCAGGAUUGCAUCUGGGGUCUCCACGUGGAAGAGGACAAGCGGAUCAUGCUGGAUGUCCAAGUGUUACGCCUUGGCAAGGGUGACGUGCUGACGUUCUACGAUGGGGACGACUUGACGGCGCGCAUCCUGGGUCAAUACUCGGGCCCGCAUGGGCGUUUCAAGCUCUAUACCUCCAUGGCUGAUGUCACCAUCCAGUUUCAGUCGGAUCCAGGCAGCAGCGCCCUGGGUUACCAGCAAGGCUUCAUCAUCCACUUUGCAGAGGUGCCCCGCAACGACACUUGUCCUGAACUCCCCGAGAUCCCCAAUGGCUGGAAGACCAUGUCUCACCCGGAGCUCAUCCACGGCACUGUCAUCACGUACCACUGCUACCCUGGCUACGAGCUGGUGGGCACUGAACUGCUGAUGUGCCACUGGGACUUGAUGUGGAGCGGAGACCUGCCCUCCUGCCAGCGGGUGACCACUUGCCGAGACCCGGGGGACGUGGAUCACAGUCGCCGCGUGGUCUCGGCUAACAAGUUCCCUGUCGGCUCCACAGUCCAGUUCAUCUGCAACAAAGGAUAUGCGCUGGCUGGCAGCACGGAGAUCACCUGCCACAACCGGCACUCUGGGGGCCCCAAGUGGAGCGACCGUCUCCCUAAAUGCAUCCCGGAGGUUUACGAACCCUGCCACAACCCAGGCAGCCCAGAUCAUGGAGUUCAGAGCCCUGAGAAAAAGUUGUAUCAGGCGGGGGCAACGCUGCGCUUCUCCUGCGCCAAGGGCCAUGUGCUGCUGGGCGAUGCCACCCUCCGCUGCGUGCCUGGACACCCUUCGCAAUGGAGUGGCUCUCCUCCGCUCUGCAAAGCUGUCUCCUAUGAUGAGUUUUACACCAAUCGCAACCUGGAUGCUGUGGCGAAAGUGACCCCUGCCAGAGACCCCCUGCAGGGCACCAACGUGGCCUUUGCCGUCUUCCUGCCGGUCGCCGCCGUUGGACUUCUCCUGGGCGUUGUCUACCUGUACAUCUCCAGGCAUCAAGGGAAGCCAUCGCAGCAGCUGCCCCUGUCGGGCUCACCCCCUUACGGCCACAUCACCGUAGAUUCAGCCUUCGACAAUCCAACCUAUGAGACCGGAGAGGUCCGGGAGUAUGAAGUCUCCAUCUAGGGCGGGCGCUGCCCUCGAGUGGGAGCCGGAGGGGCAGGCCCCACUCCCUGAGCCGCCUGCUGCCCUGGGACCACCUCCUCUGUCGUCGACAAGCGACCAACUCCGUGGACGGCUGCAACCCCCCUGCAGCCGGAAAGGACCUGUAAAUACCUCCCACCCUCCCUUUCGAGACUGACCUUCCCGGGGAGGAGAAAAUCCGAACUCUUCGCCUGCUGGCAGCCUGCUUAUUUCCUUCGUCCGUCCCUUCCCUCCCUCCUUCACCGAGGCUUCCCUACCCUUCGAGUCUAGCGCUGGCACAGUGGCACCAUCUAUGCUCCAUGUGGCUUGUAGCAUCCCCCAACAUCCUGCUCCUCACCAGGAUGCCUGGACCCUUCCUUCGACCCCAUCAUCCCAGGAGAAUGCCUCCUGCCUCCUCCUUAGCCUGCUUUGAGCUGAGGUUUGCUAGAGACCAACCUGCCACAGUCCUUGAGUCUGCCGCCUUCGCCCAGCUGUCGAAACCUUCUGAGCCUGGGAUGGUAGGGCUUCUUCAGACAUGUCUCUUUCCUGCAUCCCCUGCCCUGCCUCCGCAGACUAGCGUUUGUGACCUUAAGCAGGCAUUUUCCUGCCUUCUCCUUGCGUGAGCCGCAGCGCCAACCUCUGCCUCUAGCGCUAGCAAUCCAGUUAAGGGCUGUGUCCCAAGUUUCACCAGAAGCGAAAAGGCAAAUGGUAGGGCCGGCCACUCGAGUGAAAAAAAAACUCACGCAGGAGUUUCAAAAGGACGUGAGUUUUUUUUUUUAGAAUAAGGUUUUGAGAAAAUGGGGUGAAAUGUAUUGGGGAAUGGGGGGAUUUUUACACAUCUCCAGCCCUCUCCUUUUUUGCAAGUUGCUCCUUUCUCUUACAUAUGGUGGGGGGGGGAUUCUGAAGUGUCCUUGCACCCGCAUUGACCUCUAAGGAGGCCCCACACGGUCAAGCAAAGCCUGUUUCCAGUCACAGGAGGUAGAUGUGUAAGGGUCAUGGUAUAUUGGGGAGAUGGACAAAUUUGGACAGGAAAUGGAGAGCCCCAGAGGCCAGAAUGAAGACUAGCAGGUGGCAAAGGGCAUCACUCCGCAAGUGGUUUGGUCUCAGAUGGAGGAGACAUUUGAUUCAGUUCAAAUCUAUCAAACUUGCACGUUCCAAAACAAUAUGUGAACCGAGACACAGCCAUCCUUCGAAAUGCCUGCCAUUCAAAUUUUGCAAUGCAGCUCACCAGCCACCCAAUGUUUACAAAAAUGCAUCUAUUAGGGGAAUAUGUGAGUGAAAAUAACACAAAAGAAACGGCUUGGAAAAAUGUGUACAUUAGUCAAAAUUGCCUACAAAAACGUGUUUAUUAGGAGAAAUUUGCACUAAAGGGCUGGAGGAUUUUCAUGAGGAUUUUUUUUUUUUAAUCGCAAAUUGCUCUAGCAAUGUGGAGAACUGAAUUUAAGAUUGGAAAAUUGAGAAAACUUAGAAAACUGAAACUGACAGAUCUUUCGCUCCCUGGUCUCAGAUAACCCAGAAGGAGAAACUGGUAACUUCUGGUUAGGGAUGGGGGGAAAGUUCAGUUCAGUUCACAUUUAAUGGUGUCUCCAAAACAAUCCACAAGCCAAAAUGGUCUUUGAAAUUCGCACUGCUCCGAAGUUUGCAAUGCAGGGGUCCUGCCAAGUUACGUCCACAAAAAUGCGUAUAAUAGGGUAAAGCGCGCAUUUAAAAAAUGCAUAGAUUAGUGGGAAAUGCAUUGCAGCAGAGAGAAUUGCUUUGCAAAAUGGUAGGAUAUUGGGCAACACUAGCAAGCAACAAAGUACGUAUUAGGAGAGACAGGCACUAAAAUGCUCAUGAACUUGUGUGAAAAGAAUUCACAAACUGAUGCAGAAUGUGGAGAACUAAAAUUAAGACUGCAAAACCGAGAAAGUGAAAGAAACUAAAACUGACAGACUUGCCACGCUCACACCAGACAUUUAUUCCACUGUUAUUCCACUUUCAACCGUCGUGGCUUCCCCGAAAGAAUCCUGGGAAGUGUAGUUUGUGAAGGGUGCCGAGAGUUGUGAGGAGACCCCCUCCCCUCUACAAUUCUCAAGAGUUAAACCACUGUGAAAUCACUCUGACAAUUGCAGCUCCAUGAGGGGAACGGGGUCUCCUCACAAUUCUCAGCACCUUUCACAAACUACACUUCCCAGCCUCACAGUGCCAUAGGCGAGCGUUCCCUCUAUUGCUCCACCCAUGUUUGGCUCUCAACCUGCCCCCCCACUGGCACGCGGCCCCUGGAAGGUCCCACACACAGGGAAUGUGGCCCUCUCAGGCUGGAAAAGAUCCCCCACUGUGUAGCAUUAACUGGCGCAGAUAGAGAUGAGGUAAGGAUCACAGCAGGACCCUAGGACUCUCCUUCCAGUUCAUUCCAGACCUCAGAGGUCCACCCCGAAACAUUCCCCUUCCUGCCCAGGGCAACUCGGCCCAAGAGCCCUGCACACGCACAGACAACCCCGCUUAUACUGGUACAACCUGCGAUCCAUCAGCCGGAACACAAGCCAGCAGAGGACCUUAUUUUUGCAGUUGCCAGCCUGCAAAGUCGCCACACGUUGUUGCUGGACUCCUCCUCCUGCAUGGCAGGUCCCACGCCACGCAGGCUCAUAAUAUGAAUAGAUAGCCUGGGCUAGCCUGGGGGGCCGCAGCAAGUGGCUGUUUUGGGGUUUUUUUUAAUGUACUCUCUGCAGUGAG